AUGUCGUCCCAGUUCCACAAUGGGAAGCCACAAGGUAGCGAAAGUGCACAAAAGCUUUACAAGGCAAGGAAGGGAGAGUCGAUUCGAUGGGUCGUUAAUCCUUUGGAAGGCUUGAGGGGCAAGGAGUUCAAAUCUUUUCAUGUUAGACAUGAAGCUAGCAUGAUCGAGUUGUUCUUUGACCUCUUCUUCGUCGCCAAUCUUGCAACAUUCACAACCUACCACGAAAUAACGAAUAGUGCGACUUUGUAUUAUUAUAUUGGCUUUUUUGUCAUCCUAUGGUCAACAUGGUUUCAAAUCACCAUCUUCGAUGUUCGGUUCGCGGGUGACUCUGUGUUCGAAAGAAUAUGCAAAUUCUAUCAGUUCACAUUCUUCACCAUGCUCGCUGUAGUGGGCUUUACAUUUGCUCCUGGAGGAAAAGAAUCGGUCAAAGCUUAUCGAAUCUAUCAGACUUUGGCGAUUGUUAUGGGGCUUUCUCGAUUUUUUCUCGCACUCCAAUACGCGGUCGUUGCUGCAUUUGUGUGCCGAAAGUACAAGAAGCUUAUAUUGCCUUUCAUACUAAUCGUCAUGAUAUUACUGAGCUCGGGCACUGCGCUUUUGGUUACAAACCGCUGGUUCAACAAAACUGCAGAAACAAGAGUCCACUAUGUCUGGUGGAUCGUAUUACCUCUCGAAUCGAUACUUGUUCUCCUUGUUUCCUCGUUUUGGAGAAUGCUCAGUUUCAAAGAGUCACAUAUGGCAGAAAGAUUAUCCUUACUGACUAUGAUAAUUAUCGGAGAAGGUGUUAUCGGGUCUACAAAGACCGCUGGCAUGCUUUGGCCGACGACAUCCAGUCCUGACGGCAAAGGAGUUAUUGCGAUGGUUUCUAUCAUUGUAAUGCUGCUGUUGAUGUGGCAACUCUAUUUUGACAAUCACCCUCACGGCCACUACGGAACUAUCAAGCAGCAAUGGUGGGCUUUUAGCCACUUCUUUCUCCACAUCGGAUUUGUAGGAGUUGUAGAGGGGGCGAAUCGGAUGGCUAUAUUUUAUAAUGCUAUCAGGAAGCAACUUGAACUCAUCGACCAAAUCGACGGUCUUUGUUUCACAAACACUACCGUUACUUCAGCCGAAACUUUCGUAAAUUCCAUCAAUUAUACUGUCGAAAAACUCAAAAUCGAAUACUACGAUCCACGAUCUUACGACUCUAUUCAGACGGUUCUGCUAUACACCCUUUACGGUAAUGCUACUGGUGAUGCCCAGGAUCCCUUCUUCUGCGAUUUCUACAACAACAUAUCGGAUUCGUCCCUCAUUCAGCAAGCCAUGGUCAAGGGCAUAUACAAGAGGUUCAACAUCGAUGCCCCGAAAGAAAGCAAACUUGGCGAGAUCGGCUUUUACCACACUUUCAAGACAACUUUCACCUAUUUGUGGGGCUCGGUGGCUCUUUCGAUGAUCAUGCUUUUGAUCUUCCUCUGGAUCGUUCGAACUAGGAAGCGCGACGUUCUCGAAUUUGUCCGGCUCGCAUGGCGCGCAAUGAUCGCUGUGGUUGCUGUCGGUAUUGCCUGUCUCGUGCUAAACGAGAAUGCUUUCAUCACGAUGAUUGCUAGUCCCUAUGUUGUGACAGCUAUCUGUGCUUUAAUGGCGUCGUCGGUUUUGUUCGACCGAGUGAUCAGAGUAAUAGGUGUCUGGAAGUUCGAAAGGCACUAUGCUAUUCCUGCAGCAGAUCCAGCACACGGUCAUGGUGAUGAUCACAGUAUGGUCAGCCCUCGUCCGGGAAUGACCCCUCAGCAAAGCUAUAAAUUGGAACCGUCCGUCACAGUCACAGCUUUUGGGGCUCCAACGGGAUAUACGGGCGUUCCACAAAUGGCACCUGAAGGAUAUCCGCUCAGUCCCCAGAGCUACCCACCAACACCUCAGCCUUAUGGACAGCCAAUGGGCUACGGAGCUUAUUAG